GGGUGCUAGUGAACAGGGGGUUGGACUUGAUGGCCUUAUAGGCCCCUUCCAACUCUACUAUUCUAUGAUUCUAGUGUGAGGGGGUGGAAGCCACAUUUCUGUACCAAGACUGACAAUCAAAAGCAGAAGAAUGGUGAGGUGCUCACAGGUUUCAGCGAUGCCUUUCUCAGUUUGGUUCAGCCUGCUGCUACUUUUCCCCAGCAUGGGCACUUCAAAAACUUGCUUCCCGGGAUGCCACUGUGAAGUGGAGAGUUUUGGUCUCUUCGACAGCUUCAGUCUAACCAAGGUGGAUUGCAGCGGGAUUGGAUCCCAUAUAGUGCCUGUUCCCAUUCCACUGGACACUACCUACCUGGAUUUAUCGUCAAACCACCUGGAAUCCAUCAACGAGUCCAUGCUGACUGGCCCCGGCUACACCACGCUGGUUAGCCUUGACUUGAGCUACAACAAGAUCUCCAGGCUCGUUUCUACAACUUUCUCGAGACUGAGGUACCUUGAAUCUCUGGAUCUGAGUCAUAACUCCUUGGUGGCCUUGCCGGACGAAUGCUUCUCCAGGUCGCCCCUGGGGGACGUCGACCUGAGCAACAACCUCAUCCUGGAAAUAGCGAUGGAUGUGUUUGUGUCGAAAGGCCAAGGGAAACCGAUGAACGUCGAUCUCUCGAACAACUUAAUAAGCCUGGUUUCGAGACACCAGGACAAAGCCCUCCCCGACAUCCAAAGCUUAAAUCUGUCUGGAAACAGGCUGAGGAGAAUCCCGAACCUUCAAGGACUCCCCCUGCGGUACCUAAACCUUGAUGGAAACCCCGUGUCGGCCAUUGAAAAGGGGGCCUUUUCGCGGCUGAAGGAUUUAAUCCAUCUGUCGCUCAGUGGGAUGCAUGACCUGUCAGAGAUUUUACCGUAUGCUUUCAAUGACCUGCCUGCAAUCCAAGUGCUUGAUUUAUCCAACAACCCCAACAUCAGAUCGUUGGACGCGGAAGUCUUUUAUAGCCUAAGUGCUUUGCAGGAGCUCAACCUGUCUGGCACGGGGGUGGCAGCCUCCUUAUCCAAAACCACGUUGAAACACUUGCCUUCCAUCAAAAGCAUCACCUUAGGCAAGGACGUGAAGUGUCUUAAGACGAUCCGGGAGGGGCAAUACCACAGACAAUCAGGGCUGACCGAGAAAGAGUUCCUAAGUUGUCACGACAGCCGUGGGUCAAUAGCACCCUACGCUUUGUGACCAGGAGAUCGACCCAGACUUUAUAAAGCCACAAACGUGCCUUCUGUAAAAAGUUUUAAUUUAUAUAUUUUGUAUAUCACAAUACUUGAUUACAAUGAUUGAUGAAGA